UCUCUUACUAUAAUUUGAGCAUAGAAACAAAAAAUCCUCUUCUCUGUUGCUUAUCUCUCACGUUUCCCUUUCAACCUCACUCCUUCAUCACUCACUCUUUCCGUUUUGCGCCGGCGGGAACUAACCGUCAUUCCGAUAACCCUUUUACCUGAAUUUCAUCAUUCAACGAUCAAUUUCCAAUCUUUAAUUUUUUUUGGGGAUAAUAACAAUUUUCAAUAAAAUAGGGUUAGGUUAAUUCCAUGGCGAUUUCAUCUGGGACUGGUAACCAUCAAGAACAACAUGCUCAUGGCAAUUUGGGUCCUGGUAUAUAUUGGACCCCCGAAGAACAAGCUACUCUUGAAGAUUUACUCACAAAGUAUGCCUCAAUAUCGAACAUAGCAUUACGUUAUGCAAGGAUAGUUCCAGCGCUAAAUGAUAAGAGCGUUAGGGAUGUGGCACUGCGAGUCAGGUGGAUGAACGUAAACAAGAAAGUAGAUAUCAGGAGAAGGAAGGAUGGUCACAAUUUGGCACGAAAAAGUAAAGGUAAAAAGAUGCUUACCAAAAGCCAGGAAAGGGUGUCUGACCCUGCAGCAAAAUCAUCUCAAUUUUCUGCUGCUCGACCCAAUGUCCCUCCAUAUGCGCAACCAAUGAUUCCAAUUGACUAAUAUUUUUGUCAAUAUUAAUGGGUUAACAAAACUGAAACCGUUUAACAAUAUUAAUGGGUUAACAAAACGGAAACCAUUUAAAAGACUAAUGAUUUAAGUGUAUAACAUAUUGAAACUAUUUAACAACACUAUUUUUUUUCACCAUUUUUGUGAAAAAUUGAAAGUCAUUCAAACACCAUAAACCUCUAAUUUCUUUAAUCCAAAAGCUUCCAAACACUUCCAGAAAUCAAAAUAUACCAAGAAACACGAAGAAAAACCAAUAGAAAAGCAUACCCAAAGUUCAAAAAUAGUUAAGAGAAAACUUAUUUGGUUAGCUCGAUUUAAAGGCAAACUAAGUAAGUUUCGAAUUGAUUCAUGUUCCAAAUCAUGUCCUGAAGCUUUUCCAACCGUUUAUUUUGCUUAUUUUGGUUAUAUACUGAAACCAAAAUAAGCAAAAGAUGUCAUAAUGAUAUCGAAUUAUAUAUUUAUAAUGGUGUAGUAAUGAUGUAGCAAUGAAGUUAAUGAAUCGUUGGUAGCGCGUGUGUAUUAGCUUGUUGAGUUGUGGUAUCUAAGAGUUGUGUUGUGUGAGUAUUCAGUCGUCCAAAAGGAUAAUAUGUUGCUUGUUGUUACUAUGUGUUUGGCUACUUCUUAUAUUACUAUAGAAUUCAGUUAAUUGUGUGACGUUGUUACUCACCCCUUUUCUGGUUCGCCUCUACGAUGUGCAAUCGUAGGUUUUCAGGUAAACAAUGAUGCUUAGCUGAGAGUCCGGAGAUGGCAUUAGGAGCUGUCUUCCUUUUGCGUUUUCAAUAAUUGAGUCGCUCUGCUAGGAAGUCCUAUGGGGGAACUCUAAAUUUUAUUUUAGUUGUUUUAUUGCUUUACGAAUUUUUAAAUUGAACCGUGGUGUUUACCUUAGUAAUUUGAAUCUUUCGGACAAAUUAGUUUUGUUUAUGA